AUGGUAUCCCAGGCGCUGCAGCUGCUCCGGCAGGGCGUAUGGGCCGCGCUCACCGGGGGCUGGUACCACGACCCCGAGCAGAGCAAGUUCACUAACAGCUUCCACCUCUACCUGUGGCUGUUCCUGCUGCUUCUGCCCCUGGCCCUGCACCUGGCUUUUCCUCCAAAUGCGUUCACUGUAUUUUUUUACUGCAGUUCAGUGACUAUAUUCUUCACAGUAAUCAAAUUGGUCAGUUAUCGCCUACACCUCAUGUUUGACAAAGGGGAAGUAAUUCAGCAAAAGCCCUCCAAAAGGAAAGAGAAGCUCCAUAAAGACAAAGAGGCCAACAGUGAACAUAUAACUAAUCACAAAAAUCCGAGCAAUAAUAGACAGAUUAACAAUGGCGAAAAGGAAGAGGCCAAUAGCAACCUACCCACGCCUCCUCUCCACCGCAGCUCCCGCAGGCAAAGCAUAAACUCUCACCACUCUUCCGGGCUAUUGGAGUUGCCAGCACAGGAAACAGUGGAAGACCUCAGAGGCGUCAUUCUCUCAGAAGACCAACCUGUAGCACCCAUGUCAUCUACCUCACCGUGUGUCAAAAGGGAAAACUUGCCAGUUUCCAAAGAGUACAUGCCAGAAACCACGGCCACAUCGGCAAUACCAAUGAAGCCAGUUACCACAGAACCUGUACUCAAUAAUAAAGUGAAGGAAAGAGGAGGCAAGGUGCAGCCCCCUUUCUGCCACCGAUCAGAGGGUGGGCUAGAAGACAAAGAUGCCUUGAAGAAGUUGCCGCACUUGUCUUUGUCUCAGUACGACUUACUAGAAACAGACGUUUCUUUCCACCCCUGGGGGAGUGAGAACUCAGUCCUGAUUCCAGAACCUACACAUCAUCCCAAGGGCUCCAUCAGGGAACAGUUGCAAAGCAAGUCUCCUCAGGACAGCCUGAGUAGCAGCUGCCCUCAGUGUAACACCGUCAUCACCAAACAGGUGGAGGAGCUGGUGGACAUUUCCUGCCAGGUGGAUCCUCCCUUGGUUGAGGAAGUUAACUACUCUGGUAGUGAGGUAGCUGUUACCCUGAUUGACACUUCCCAACCUGGUGACCCGCUGAGCCUGCACGAGCCCAUUAAGAUUGUCAUCACAAUGAGCAGUACCCCAAACUCCAUGAUGGACUUGGAAAGCUCUCUCCACCUGAAGGUGAUUGGCACAGAAAGAACUAGUCCAAAGAUAGAUGCUGAGCCAGCUACCCAAGGGGUAGCCAGUCCUCCAAAGAGCGAGCAGAUCCGAAUUCCCGUCAUCACCCUCGAGCUUUCUGAAGAUGGACAAGGAGGCACUAUUUGUCCUGAAAGCAAUGGGAGUGAAAGGACACCAGAGAGACUGAUGAUGGAGGCAUCCUGCAAUCAGUGCUCUGGCUAUGAAUCUGGGGAGGGAGGCAGUGCCACAAAAGACUGCAGUCUUUCCCCAAAGGACUACUGUGAAGCAACCCCCCUGCUCACACCCAACAUGGCCUCUGAGGCUGCGGGAGGAAAGGAAGGCCAGGCUAACCUUGACCCUUCAUCUUGUAAAAACAGCCAUGAAAAGAGUCAUGCCCGGGUCCUCAGUGUGGGCAGUGCAACCGAUGUCUUCUUGAGUAAGAGUUCUGCGGAAGUUGCUAGCGAUAAAGAGAAAACAAUACCAACUUCCAAAUCUGACUUGGAGGCUAAGGAGGGGCAAAUACCAAAUGAAUCCAACUUCCUAGAAUUUGUCUCCCUGUUGGAAUCAAUUAAUACUUCCAAGGUAGUGGCAGCCAAUCAGUCGAAUGGCUCAGCAGAGCAGAACAAAGAAAGCAGGCUUCUUGGAGAUAACUGUUCCCAGGAGAAAAAGGAGGAAAACCUGGAAAGUGAAAAGCCUGGUGGACACAAUUCCAGACAAGGAAAACUGGAUAUGCAAAGUCAAGACCACACGAACACUAGCCCCGUGUUCACUGAACCUGCCAAGAUUACGACCCUUUUCCAGGGUAAUAGACAAAGACAAAUAAUCUACAGGGUAACUUCCCAACAAGAUAGUUCCGUCUUGCAAGUCAUCAGUGGGCCUGAAACAUCUGUGCAAGAUGAGAUAUCUGUGGAUGCUAUGCAUGUCUUCAUUGAUGAACACGGGGAAAUUAGAUCCUGUUAUUUAAAAUCUGGAAAUCAGAAAGAAGGACCUUUGCAACAUCAGCCGUCAAAUUAUGACUAUUUUUCAGAUGCUCGAGAGGUACAGAUCAGCUCCUCCAGCACCACAACCUCUGAGAGUCAAGAUCCCUCUUCUGGGGACCCUGCAGUCAGUGCCCUCCAACAACAGCUAUUGCUAAUGGUGGCUCGGAGGACCCAGUCAGAAACCCCGCGGCAUCUGAGUCAGGACCUGGAAGACUCGUCAUGCUCUUCAACACAAGGAAAAUUUAGCCGAGAGCAGUUUUACAAGUUAAUCAUUUUCCCUGGCAAGUGGAUUAAAGUCUGGUAUGAUCGACUUACCUUGUUGGCAUUACUCGAUCGAACUAAAGAUGUCAAGGAAAACGUGCUGGCUAUUUUACUUAUUGUCCUCGUUUCCCUCCUCGGAUUUCUGACGUUGAACCAAGGCUUUUGCAAAGAUAUGUGGAUUCUCCUCUUCUGCCUGAUCAUGGCCAGCUGCCAGUAUUCUCUGCUAAAGAGUGUUCAGCCUGACCCUGCCUCGCCAAUCCAUGGACACAACCAAAUCAUAACAUAUAGCAGACCAAUCUAUUUUUGCGUGCUGUGUGGCCUUAUUUUGCUUCUUGACACAGGGGCCAAAGCCAGAUACCCUCCUACUUAUGUUGUCUAUGGCCUGAAGCUCUUCUCUCCAGGGUCCCUGCAAUCAACUAGGGACCACUUAAUAGCGUUUUUAUAUUGCUUCCCUGCAAUGUCCCUCCUUGGGCUUUUCCCACAGAUCAACACUUUCUGCAUUUAUCUUUUGGAACAAAUUGACAUGCUGUUUUUUGGAGGUUCUGGUGAAUGUGAAGGCGAGUGUGAACACGAGCCAUGGAGUACACAGCACAUCCCAGCUCUGUUUUCGGCCUUCUGCGGCCUCUUGGUCGCCCUCUCCUACCACCUGAGCAGGCAGAGCAGUGACCCGUCGGUGCUGAUGUCCUUUAUUCAAUGCAAAUUGUUUCCUAAAUUUUUACAUCAAAAUUUGGAUGAGUCGGCAGAAGACCCUCUCCCAAAGAAGAUGAAAGACUCUGUGAAGGACACCUUACAGUCGGAUCUCAUUGUCUGCUCAGUCGCUGCCGUUCUCUCGUUUGCCGUCAGUGCCAGCACUGUAUUCCUCUCCUUGCGCCCGUUUCUCAGCAUCGUGCUCUUUGUCCUAGCUGGCACCGUGGGGUUCCUAGCACAUUAUCUCCUCCCUCAACUCCGCAAACAUCGUCCCUGGAUGUGGAUUUCUCACCCUGUUCUUAAAAACAGGGAGUAUCAGCAACGCGAAGUGACAGAUAUCGCCCAUUUAAUGUGGUUUGAAAGAGUCUAUGUUUGGCUUCAGUGUUUUGAAAAAUAUAUCUUAUACCCAACAAUAAUUUUGAAUGCCCUCACUAUUGAUGCAUUUCUAAUAAGCAAUUACCGGAGACUUGGUACCCAUUGGAACAUUUUUCUGAUGAUUGUUGCUGGCAUGAAGCUGCUGCGGACAUCUUUCUGUAAUCCAGUCCAUCAGUUUGUCACCUUGAGCUUCACUGUCAUCUUUUUCCACUUUGACUACAAAGAUGUUUCAGAGAGUUUCUUACUAGAUUUCUUCAUGAUGUCCAUUUUAUUUAGCAAGCUCGGGGACCUGCUUCACAAGUUACAGUUCAUCUUGACAUAUGUGGCUCCUUGGCAGAUGGCUUGGGGUUCUUCAUUUCAUGUGUUUGCUCAGCUCUUCGCGAUCCCUCAUUCUGCAAUGCUUUUCUUUCAAAUGAUUGCCACUUCAAUCUUUUCUACUCCAUUGAGCCCUUUUCUUGGGAGUGUCAUUUUCAUCACAUCCUAUGUCAGGCCAGUGAAAUUCUGGGAGAAAAACUACAAUACAAGACGAGUGGAUAAUUCCAACACAAGACUGGCUGUCCAAAUUGAAAAGGAUCCAGGGGGUGAUGACAACAAUCUCAACUCCAUCUUUUAUGAGCACUUGACAAGGGCCCUCCAGGAGUCCCUCUGUGGGGACUUAGUUCUUGGUCGUUGGGGUAACUACAGUUCUGGCGAUUGCUUUAUUUUGGCUUCAGAUUACCUCAAUGCCUUUGUUCACCUGAUUGAAAUUGGAAAUGGUCUUGUUACCUUUCAACUUCGAGGCCUAGAAUUCCGAGGAACAUACUGCCAGCAGCGAGAGGUGGAAGCCAUCAUGGAGGGCGAUGAGGACGAUGGAGGCUGCUGCUGCUGUAAACCGGGCCACUUGCCCCACCUGUUAUCCUGCAAUGCCGCAUUUAACCUCCGUUGGCUUACGUGGGAAAUCACGCGGACGCAGUACAUCUUGGAGGGCUACAGCAUCAUAGACAACAAUGCAGCCACCAUGCUGCAGGUCUUUGAUCUACGAAGGCUCCUCAUCCGGUACUACAUCAAGAGUAUAAUAUACUUCAUGGUCACUUCCCCCAAACUCCUCUCCUGGAUCAAAAAUGAGUCACUUCUGAAGUCCCUGCAGCCUUUUGCCAAGUGGCAUUACAUUGAGCGUGACCUUGCAAUGUUCAACAUUAACAUUGAUGAUGAUUACGUGCCAUGUCUUCAGGGGAUCACCAGAGCUAGCUACUGCAACGUUUACCUAGAAUGGAUCCAGUACUGUGCACAGAAACAACAAGAGCCUUCGGAGACUCUGGACAGCGAUGAGGACUCUCCUUUGGUGACUCUGUCCUUUGCCCUGUGCAUCCUGGGGAGAAGAGCUCUGGGAACCGCAGCUCACAAUAUGGUUCUCAGCCUGGACUCUUUUCUGUAUGGUCUUCACACCCUCUUCAAAGGUGACUUUAGGAUAACAGCCCGAGAUGAGUGGGUAUUCGCGGACAUGGACCUGCUGCACAAAGUUGUCGCUCCAGCUAUCAGGAUGUCCCUGAAGCUUCACCAGGACCAAUUCACCUGCCCUGAUGAGUAUGAAGACCCAGUGGUCCUCUACGAGACCAUCCAGUCCUUUGAGAGAAAAGUGGUGAUCUGCCAUGAGGGUGACCCGGCCUGGAGGAACGCAGUGCUGUCCAACAGGGAGGAGCUCCUCACCCUGCGGCACGUGGUGGAUGAGGGCACUGACGAGUACAAGGUCAUCAUGCUCCAUAAAAACUUCCUGAGCUUCAAGGUCAUCAAGGUCAAUAAAGAAUGUGUCCGUGGUCUCUGGGCUGGGCAGCAGCAGGAGCUCAUAUUCCUUCGCAACCGCAACCCAGAGCGCGGCAGCAUCCAGAACAACAAGCAGGUCCUGCGAAACCUGAUCAACUCCUCCUGCGACCAGCCCCUGGGCUACCCCAUGUACGUUUCCCCCCUCACCACAUCCUAUCUCGGGACGCACAGGCAGCUGAAGAACGUCUGGGGCAGGCCUGUUAGCUUGGACAGCAUUCAGACGUGGUUCCAAACCAAGUGGUUAAGAAUGCGGAAGGACUGCCAUGUGGGCCAGCACAGCGGCGGCAACAUUGAAGACGUGGAUGGAGCCAGGGCGCCAUCCACAGGCCACGCCACAGGUGGAGAGAGCCAGGAGAGCAGUGCAGAGCUGCCCAGGAAGGAUGGGCACCAUGAUGAGGUCUCGAGGACAGAGGGUCAGACAGUUGGCAGGGAGAAGGGGAGCAGGAGCCAGUCUGUCCAGGCACAUGGGUCUUUGAGCCAGAGACCUCCCAUUUUGAGUUUGUCGGGCCCCAUCCUGGACAGCCACCAGCCCUUCAUGCAGACAUCCACAUCAGUCCACGAGUUGGCCCCAAGGCUGUCCCGCAGCCAGCUUUCCUUACACAACUCAUCUGCGUCCUUGCACUCUCAGCCGCCGCCUGCCACCACGAUGGGCCACCUGAGCGUCCGUGAGCGGGCCGAGGCGCUGAUCAGGUCCAGCUUGGGCUCGUCCACCAGCUCCACCCUGAGCUUCCUUUUUGGCAAGAGGAGCUUCUCCAGUGUCCUUGUUAUUUCCGGACUUUCUGCCGCAGAGGGCGGCAACACCAGCGACACCCAGUCAUCCAGCAGUGUCAACAUCGUGAUGGGCCCCUCGGCCAGAGCCUCAGGCCAGGCCACACGGCACUUCUCAGAGCCGUGUGAACCCGUCGAUGCCACAGAGCAGGGCCAGCUCUGCGAUGGAAGUCUAGCUGGGGCCGUGGCGGAGAACCUGGGGGUGAUGUGCCGAAGAGCGAGCCAGGAGGACAUGGGGCUGGACGAUACGGCCUCCCAGCAAAGUGCUUCAGACGAGCAGUAACGGGUGUCUGUCGGGAACGGGCCGUGCUUGCAGGAACUGUGGGUCCGCCACAGUGCCCACCUUUAUCAUUCUCCCCUUGCCCUCCAAACUGAAAACAGCAAAUGUCAUAAUCUAUGUGAGAGCUGUUCUAGAAAGCAGGCUAAUUUCAAUCUCAGGUUCCUGAAAACUUCUCAUGUGAGGAAAGAGGAAUCACGUUCAGAAUUUGAAAUUUCAAACACAGCCAUUUACUAUCUUAAAAACAACCAGAGUAAGUAGAGCACAUGGCUGACUCUUUCCUGUCCCGAUGAAAAUAAGACAACUGCACGCUCAGUGAUUGGCAUUUUGUACAUGUUACUAUGAAAAGAGACGAGCAGCAGCACUCAUUGUACAUCAG